UGAAUUACGUUUGAAAAUAUCGCGUAAAAAAAGAACGCGGCUAAUGUCGCAUUGUAUGUGACGCGGAAGUAAAUUCACGCGAUUAUCCCGGGUUGGCCCACGUGUGUGUCGUACGAUGUUAUUUACGAGAAGCCAUUUGCCGUGUCAUGUUGAAACGCGAUAUAACCCGACGCGGUGUGUCACGUGCUACUUUCGUAUAAAGAACGAGGCGAUCCAAGUUAGGUUUAGUAACAGCGAAGGUUCAAGACGAUACGGUUGGUUCGCAUCGUAAACUCGAUCAAAUUACGCCGAUCUAAUUAGAACGAAACUUGUGCGUCUUUUAUCAUAAAAAAAUCGUGCGAAAAAAUUAAACAAAAAUUGAACAAUAUUUCUGAAAGAAGUGUGUUGGGAAUUACAUCGUGUUUUGCAAGUUGCAAAAUAUAACAGAGGGGGAGAGAGAAAGAGAGUGCAAUGUUUUUCAAAACACACGUGAAACACUGCCACAAGUGUAUUUUAUUAAUUAGAAAGUUUACGGACAAUGCAGCUAGUAAAGAAGCCAAUAGGAACAUAACAAGCGUUACAAAUAAUCUCUUACGCAUUAUAAACAACAUAAAAAAAGUCGAAAUGUCAAUGCAAAAUCAAUGGAAGCUUUUAUCACAAUUAAGAGAAUAUUUAAACAAGACCAAUUACGACAAAAACCAGCAGAUUAAUUUCUCGAAAGAUUGGUUAGAUAUCUUGCAAAAAUUAACCUAUUCGCAACUUGACACCAUACGAAAAUUGUCAUCUUCUGAUUCUAUCAAAUCCACCGAACCAAAUAAGAAUUCGUUGGAUACAAAGCAAAAGGAUAGUAAUGAAAAUACAAGAGUAACUCAUAUGUCUGAUCAAGCAGAAUCUCUUAUAGAUAGUUCUAAAACUGUGCAACCAAAAAUACAAAAGCAAAUUCACGAACAAGCUGUAUCUAUUAAUAAAGCAGAAUUAAAAGAAAACCUUACCAUUCCACAAAUUCUCUCAGCAUUAUUUCCCAAGUUAUCUGUCAAGAAUAAACAAAAUAUUGUUAUACCAAAAUGGAAAGUGAAUAUUGGCAGCAACAUACCAAAGCAUAGCAUUGUAUCUCGUACACGUCAUGUUUUGAAUAGUAUUUUGUCAGCUGAGUCAAAUGCUUCCAAAUUACGGAGAAUUGAGGAUCUUCUUUUCCAUAUUGAUCAAUACUCAGAAGCCAGACAUUAUGCGAUUAAGGAAGGAGCAAUCAGAGUUUUGCUAAAAACUCGUCAGAAGACAAAGGAUGAACAGAUUAAAGCAUCUGUUAGAGAAGCACUUGCUGUAAUGGGUUAUGUUGAUCCUCUACCUAGUCGUGGUAUCAGAAUCUUAUCAAUCGAUGGAGGUGGUAUUCGUGGAGUAUUAGUAAUAGAGAUGCUGAAGAAGCUGGAAGAACUCACAGGAAAGAAAACAUAUGAAAUGUUUGACUACAUAUGUGGUGUGAGCACAGGUGCUAUUCUGGCUGCUGUAUUAGUAUUACCAAAGGAUGUUAUUGAAGGAGGACACAAGAGAAAGUCAUUGGAAGAAGUGUCAGAAUUAUACAAAGAAUUGAGCACUAAAGUGUUCACACAAAGUGCUAUAAAAGGUACAAGCAGUUUAGUCUGGAGCCAUGCAUAUUAUGAUACUGCACUAUGGGAACAAUUAUUAGCAGAGCAUUUAGGUGAUAAGGUUCUAAUCAAAACUACUCGUGACCCAAAUGCACCAAAGUUUUCAGCAAUAUCUGCAGUGGUAAAUCACGAACGUGUUAUGGCUUACGUUUUUAGAAACUAUACAUUACCACAUCGGGUGGAAAGUCAAUACAUGGGAUCUCAUAAACAUAAAUUAUGGGAAGCUGUAAGAGCAUCAGCUGCUGCACCGAGUUACUUUGAAGAAUUUAAGUAUGGUGAAUGUCUUCACCAAGAUGGCGGCAUUUUAGUAAACAAUCCAUGCGCUGUGGCGAUUCAUGAAGCUAAACAAUUAUGGCCGAAUAAUCCGAUUCAGUGUGUCGUAUCGUUUGGCACUGGUCGGAUUCCACAUCGUAUUUGCGAAAAUGAAUCAAUACCUUCGCAAUUAGCAAUUUCAAGCUGGAGGGAAAAAUUCUACAAAAUCUUAGAUAGCGCUACCGAUACGGAAGCUGUACACACGAUGCUGAAUGAUCUAUUACCUGAUCACAUCUACUUCAGAUUUAAUCCUUAUUUGACGGAAAUGUUAUCAAUGGUGGAGAUACGACCUGAGAAAAUUGAUCAAAUGGAGCAAGAUGCGAGGAUGUAUAUUCGACGAAAUGAAGACAAAUUUCAAAAGGCUGCUACAACUUUACUGGAGAAACGACAGAUUCAGCAAAAAAUUGUUGAUUGGAUUAUAUUGCAAAAACAGCUAAUUGGUCUAUAAGAAGCAAAAUCUUAUGCAAUAAUGUGCAUUCCAUAAUAAUUUGUAAAUUACUUAGAUAUUCAUAGUACAAUUUUUCGACCUUAAUGUCCUUACCAGAAACUUGAAUCUUUUUAGAUUAUGUUCUUUACGCUUUAAAUAGUAUUUAUAGAUUUACAAUGCUUUAAAAGUGA